CUCUGAAGAAGAUCAGUUCUGUGUACCGGAAGAAUGGCGCGAGCUGUGUGCGGGGCUGCCAUCCUGCGCUGCGGGUUCGGGAGGUAACAGAGGUGAUUGAGCGAACAAGCGGUCCUUCUUCAUCCGGUGAAGGAUCGGAUCUGACAGGCGGCCAGCCGUGAGCGCAGAGCGGGAUGUCCGGAGGGAAAGGAGCCGCGGACUGUAGAGCUAACCUCCGCCUGAAAGGCAGCGAGCUGCUCCCCGCAGCCCCUGCCCGACGACCCUACCUUCCAGCGGGCAGAAUGAGCUCCGCCGCGGCGGGGAGGCUGCUGGAGCGGAGGAAAUCUGCUCCUCAGGCGGUCCACCAGCGGCACAUGCCGAUGGAACCCCAGAAGUUCCACAUCCCGAGGAAGACCAAGGAGAAGCGGGCCCUGUUCCAGUUCGUCUCCACCGAGUCCAGGGAGUACGACGACAUGAAGUCCAUCUUGACGGCCGGCUACAUCGACACCAGCUCCACAGGCUGCUUCGCUUACAGCAAUCCCCGGCUAGUUCACAGCGAGCUGCUGGAGAAGGAGUUUGUGGAAAAAAGGAGAGAGAUGAAAGCAGAUGGAAGGACGGAGAAGGAGCUGGAGGAGAGUCACUGUUUCCUGCUGACCACAGCGACCGAGCUUCCUGUUGUCUGUGAGAAGGGACUGACCGUCGGUCAGAGCAAAACCACCAUGCUGGGAAACCCGAGUAAAGGCGUUUAUCUGUCCAGGUACUCGGACCUUCUCCAGACCGGCCCCCUCACACCCGGGGCCACCGGGGAGCUAAUCAUCUUCAAAGUGAUCAAGGGGAAGGUGAAGAGCAUCUAUGAAAACAUGAAGAUCCUUCAGGACCCCACGCCUCGCUUUGACAGCCACAUCGCCAAGAACGCCAGCAAGGUCACCUCGCUAAGCUGCUACCGCGCCUUCGACCUCACACAGCAAUACUUCUACGAGUAUUUGUUUGACGAGCUGCGGGAGCGGCCGCGGCAGGUGUGUCCCUACGCCGUGGUCUCCUUCCACGUCAAAGGAAAGGACGCGCCGCUCUCCAUCAAACCCGCUCCUCCCAUCAGGUCCACCAGUCAGGUGUCAGAGAGGAGCAAAGAGUCGGCCCAGUUCACCGUUUGGACCGGAGACCUGGUGAAAAACGGGCGGGUUCUCUUCCAAGUCGCCCUGCGCUCCAACGCCACGCCCCGUCUGCCCCACAGGCUACCCGACAAACUGGACAUGGGCUCUGCGAUGAGGUACGAUGACGUCACCCAGCUGGUUCCGUCCGAUCUGUUUUCCUCUAACCUGUACAGCAGCAGUAAAGAAGUGGAGGCGAAGGGCCAUUACUGCAGCCUGUUGGAGGUGACCGACCAGAACCGGACCACGGCGAGCGUCACUACGCUGCUACGGGAACUAGAGGCACAAAGACUGGUUCUGGUGAAGCGGCUCACAGAUAGAGGGUUCCUCUUCCUGCUGUCCAGUGUUCAGAUGGCCGCAGCGACGGAGAGAGGAGACACCUGGAAGAGGAGCCUUCAGGCCUUGUUUGUUUUCCCGGAGUCCAGAGACGUGUCCAGAUACGCGUUCCAGCAUUCCUCCUCCUCCCAGCAGUGUGUACCGUCCCCCGCCUCGGUGAUGCCUCGGCUCUCCCAGUUUGUCCCAGCUUUGCACUACUCUCUGGUUAAAUCCAGAGCCAACCCGCCUCUAAAACUCUCUGCUGGCGUGGAGCUGCAGACACAGGAAUACCUGAGCGGCGUGACCCACGGCAGUGUCCAGCGGUUCCCCAUGGCUGAGUAUGAUUCUGUUCUGGAUGACGAGCCCAAACCAUGCCCCCCUCAUCUGCGGGCCAACUCAGAUGGCUACCUGCGCUCCUACAUGUCCAACCCCAGCGUAUACCUGCUGUCGGUGGCCAUUGCCAGGCAAUUGGUGGAGACGCACUGCGGCCCCGAGCAGACCCUGGACAAAGCGUCCACGAAGGAGGACGGCCUGAGGGAGCCAGAAGGACCCAAAACUCAGAAGAUGCAGCAGCUGCUGGACCAGAUUUUGACCUUUAAGAACAACGCAGAGGCGGAGGUGAGGAGGGAGGAGGAGGAUGUGAUCAAGGUACCAGAGAGGAAGAGGAAGCUGGAGCAGAAGAUGGCAGAGAGAACGCUGAAAUACUUCAAGGCGUCCGUGGAAACAGGAAAGCCCGACAGGAUACCAGUUGGAGGAAACAAAAUCUCAGGAUCUCCUCUUUCCUUCGCAUCUAUAAUUACCUCGCUGGGUCUGAAGGAUGUCGAUCUUAGGGAGGAGGGAUCCGAAGUAACAGGCAAAUUUCUCCGUCAGCUUAAAGCCCUGGUUCAUUCUGCCAGUCGGAGCCCCUCCGAGGAGCUGGACGAAGGGCUGAAGGAGUCCAGUCCGUUUGGUCGCUUGGCCGUGAAGCUGGGCCUCCCCGCUAACUGUGAUGUGGACCUGAGGAAGCAGGAGGAGCUGGAGGAGCAGACGGCAGGCAGCGUCAGCAGUUUGGAGGGAUUCAGUCCCGGCUCACACAGCGGUGAGCAGAAUCACCACGCUGGACGAGGAGCGAAGCUUGGGACGAAGGCGGCGGCUCACGACGAGCAGGAGGAGGAAGACUGGGAUAUCCCAUGGGUCCUUAUUCCCAUAACAGGUCUUUGCUCAGAGAGGUACUCGCAGCGGGACGCCAACAUCCCACAGGACCCUCGCUUCCAGCAGCUCGACUCCACCGCGGGCAUCACCAUGGCAACCAAAUCGCCCAGGAGGAGCCCCGCCUUGUCUCCCGAGCAAAGCCCCCCUCUGCCGUACCCGUCCCCAGAAGCCAGCCCCCCUCCCUCCCCCUUUCAGUGCUCCUCGCCCAUCCCCAGCCCGCCAAACUCGCCCUCUCAGUGCCCCUCUCCUGAGCUCAGUCUGCCGCCGUCACCAUCUCAGUGCCCGUCCCCGGAGCCCAGCCCGCCUUCGUCUCCCUUUCACUGCCCCUCUCCCCAAUCCAGCCCCCCCACUUCUCCCGCCCAGUCCGCACCACCUGAGACUCAGCCGCCUCAGCCCCCCUCCCAGUGUCGGUCUGCGGCUAAUGAUGGUGAGCCAGCUAACGAGCAGCAGCUUGCCCCCCAGGAGGUUCCAGGGGAGUCCGGAGAGAAGGAAACCAGCCUUCAGAGGACGGAGAUGACGACCCAAGAAACCCCAAGAGCCCCCCCUCAAGCUCCGGCUCUAAAGUCUUCACUCCCUCACUGUGAGGAGACGGAGCGAGAAGCAAAGAUGGAGGGACUGAAGGUUGAACGGAUGAGUUCUGGGGAGAAGCAGCAGAAAGGAGACAGGAAGUCAGUGGAAGAAAUGGAGACAGCCGGUGAGCAGGUGGACGAGCCGUCCUCCUCCAGAGCUGCCUGUCCCAGCAGAGAUGUCGACAGCGUUGUGGACAAAAACCUCGAGGCCUUUUCCUCUGACCUGCAGCUCCUCCUGCAGGAUGAAGGUGUGAACUACAGCUUCCCUCAGCUCUCACACUGCGCUCUGACCACGCAGGCUGACCGCAGCGUGCUCCCGUACGCGGCGCUGCCUCAGUUUUCACCCUACGUGUCUUUUUACAACCACUACCCCCCUGUCAGCGACUACGUCAGCUCGCUGAGUGACGGCAUCGCCCGCCUGCUGGCCCAGUUGGACACGCGCUGGUCGAGGCCAACGGCUGGCGGUCGGACUCCUGUUGACUCCUCGUUGGCCAACACCGUCAGCGACUUUGUGGCCAGCGUCAGAGCAGGUCAGGGGUCAUCGGGUGGAGCUGACGACGCCUCGCCUCUCUGCAGCCAGCGGACGGCUGCCGAAGCGCCGCUGGCUGAAGGUCCGCCACCGUCCACAGCGGAGGCGGACUGGGAAGCUAACUCUACCGACUGGAGGAACCAGUUGACGGCAGGCGUCACACAUACUCAGGACGCCGCCGCUGAGAGGACUGCGCUCUGCACAGCUCCUUUAGAAGCUGAAGGAGGUCAGGCGGUGCUGAGCUGCACUGGAACGGUCCCGGUCCAGAGCUUUGGUUCUGAAACCUUCGACCCCGCCCCCGGUGCGAGCUCUGCGGCCGUCCCAUCAACCACCCACAUAAACUCAGUGAUCGACCAGCUGGAGCCCAACGUGUUGAACAACCUGGCGGAGAUCAUCAAAGACAUCAAGAAGAAGUCGCCGCAGUUCUACGUCCACUGCACAGAACCAGGAGACCCGGUGUACGAGGAGGUCCAGGAGCAUCUGUUAAACCUGGGGAACGUCCAUCAGAGCCCGGUGGACUUCCUGCACCAGGACAACACAGAACACGGUCUGCUGGUCAUCAUCAAGAACAAGGACAUAGCUGGACACAUUCAUCAGAUUCCAGGCCUCAUGUCCCUAAAGCGUCACGCCUCUGUGGUCUUCGUUGGCAUCGAUUCGCUGGACGACAUCAAGAACAACAGCUGUAUGGAGCUUUUCGUGUCCGGAGGCUGCAUCGUUUCAGACGAGCUGGUGCUCAAUCCGGACGUCAUCACCUGCGAUCGACUGGCCGCCCUGCUGAGGCUCCUGGAGGAGCACAGCUCUCCAGAGAGUCUGUGGAGGUGGAAGAUUCACUGCAAAACCCAAAAAAAGUUAAAAGAACAGGCCAGGUUCCGGAGGGACGCAGCCAACCUGCUGGAUCUGCUGUUAACCUAUCAGAAGCGUCAGAUCAUCGAGUUCCUGCCGUAUCACCACUGCGACAUGACAAACCACCAGUCGCCCGACUUGGACUGCCUCGUCGAGCUCCAGGCCCGGUACACGCAGUUCCGACACACCGUCUACCUCACCGAGCACCCCUUUGAUAAGUUCCCAGCCUUCUCCAACGAGGGCAUCAUCGUGGCCGGCAUGGAGGAGAUCCAGCAGAGCUUCAGCAGACUGGUCGGCUGCCACAGCAUCAAGGACAAGCAGCUGUACGUCGAGGAUCUCCUCGCUCCCAAAGGUCGGUUCAAACAAUUGAGUCAUUUUACACAAACCACAGUAACUGUGUGUUUAUUAUCUAUAGAGUCAGAGGCGUCAUGAGGAGAGCGGUCUAUU